CUUUCUUCGUCCCUGCUAUAAUUUCCUUGCCUACUCUGUCAUAAAGAGAGACUACUUGUGCAGUGUGUACACGCCAACCAUUCCUCGCCCAUAUGACGCCCUCAUAGUGGCUCACAGCCACUUGCAGAGUCCAGUUCGUAUGUUCGCCAACUUCGAGAUCCGCCGUGCGGGGUUUGUUCGGGCGGAGAUCAAGGCAAAACGUCCUCGGUCGACCACUGGAUGUGUUGAGUGUCGGCAGCGGAAGAAAAAAUGUGACGAGGCAUUACCCAUCUGCGGAGGAUGUUUGCGAAAGCAUGGCCAGACCAACCUCACGUGCACCAGAUCUCGACGACAACAUUCGCCCUCCUCGCCGAUUACUGAUCCAAAUUCUUUAACGUUGACACGGCCAUCAACAGUCAAGGUCUCAGAUGGAGAGGAAGAGUUGCGACCUCUUUCGCCUCAAUCGAAUGCUCGUAGAACACGUUGUGCACAGCUCGUUAGAGACCCUUCUAAAUGGGUCUUACCAACAUUAUCCCAUCACAUGAAUUUGAAUUCUCCACUCGCAAAGACAUUUUGUCAACCGGAGGAGAAGAGGGCUCUACGAGUUCUUCUCGAGAAAUUUGAUUCUCUUACGUCGUCAACAUACACAAGUCCAGAUCUCUCAAUCGUGUCCCAGGGGCUGCCUUUGGCCGUGGAGUAUCAAAGUGUCAAGGCAGCUUUUGUCGCCUGCGGACUUGCCAUUUUCUUCCGAGUGUCUCUCAGCCGAGAAGACCGUCAAUCAGCAAUCGUGCAUUACAAUGAGGCUGUUAAUACUGUUGCAUCUCAAUUGAUGGCUUUUCCGGCAGAGGCAAACCUUUCCGCCGUACUGUUACUGCACAUUUUUGAGAUAUUGAGUGACACCUUGGUUCCGGAAUGGAUACAUAUGAGCGGCGCCCGGAAUCUCGUCAAGUCCUUCUUUCAAACACCACCUUCAACUGUGCAUCAAAUUCUCCUGCUUGAGGCUUACAUCUACCAUGUGGUGAUCUCCAGCAUCUUCAACGGCGACAAAUCAGAUUCGUUGCCCGAUGACCACAUCUCGGAGCUGCUUCUGCUCCUCUCCAAAUCGUCACAAAGGAUUUGCCCUGGUCCACUCUGGAAAACGAGUGCCUGUAUUGGCUCGUCACACAUCGCCUUUGACUACGCUUUCCGCAUUUCGCGGCUCCGAAGACGGCUGCCUCUAACCGGGCAAGGCCUCGAAGAUGCCAUGCGUUUGAAAGGACUUCUCUGCGAAGCUGAGGUCGAGCCUCAAAGGACACAAUAUGCUAGCAGUGCGUCAGCCGACGCUAGCCCACCCCUAGAAAUGACAAUCACAGCGUGUCUCUAUAUACACGCCUGUAUCCUAGUCUUGGAAAAAUUGCUCGACACCAGCCUCUCCGCAUCCGAUGCUCUACCCCGCAGCACCAUAUCUAGUGCCGUGCUUCUGUACUCCCAGCUACCACGAGCGGAGCAGAAACGGCCCAUGCUCACCUGGCCCUCAAUCAUCCUUGGGUGCGCGGCCGAGAGUCCGAAUGACCGGGCUGUUUUUUCCGACCCCUUCGUGGAGACAAUCAGGGAGGGCGGCCUAGGCAGUGCCGUCCAGAGUUACAGAUUACUCAGGCAAGUGUGGCAGACUGACUCUGUACUUGGGAGGCAAUUGGGUCUGGAUAUUCUAUUGAGAGAUGAUUUACUUUGCAGUGUUUUCUUGUGAUGGCUACUUCUUCGGAGGCAUCUCCAAUCAUCUUGAGCAGUAGUCUUUUGAGUAGAGUGAUUGUUAUGGGUAAAACUGUAUC